AUGGGAGUUCUGUCGGAGUCCAGACCUGGGUGUGAUCCCAGUCCUGAUCUGGGGGCUGAUCCAGGCUUUGUCCAACCCACACCCUCAGUCCAGACCCACAUCCUCUGUCCAGACCCACACCCUCAGUCCAGACCCACACCCUCAGUCCAGACCCACACCCUCAACGCGGGUGGGGGGGUGGAGGGGAAGGACGAGAGGGGGAAAAAGGGGGGACAAGAGGGGGAGGACGACGACGACAUGGGGGGGAGACAGAGGUGGAGUGGGGAGAAGGACAACAACGAGAGGGGGAGAAAGGGGGGACGAGACGGAGGGAGGGUGGAAGAGGAGGAUGAAGGAUAA